AUGGAGAUCACGACAGUGUCAGGAAAUGAGUUCCUCCUCCAGUCGGAUAUCGACUUUCUCAUAUUGGAUUGGUUCCACGCUAUCAAAAAUGCAAUUGACAGAUUGCCAAAAGAACGGAGCUGUACAUCGAGAAAUUUGGAGUUCAAACUCAGAAGAUCCUCCAGCAUCGAAUUACUGAAUAGCUUAGACACUGAAUCCAAAGAACCAAAGCCUGAACACAGAAAAUCUUUAAUUUUCAGACUGAACUACAGUGCCUCUGACACAAAUGACAGAAACCGAGUUAAAAGCAGAUUAAAGAAGUUCAUCUCCCGAAGACCCUCCUUGAAAACAUUGCAAGAAAAGGGACUUAUUAAAGAUCAAAUUUUUGGCUCCCAUUUGCACUUGGUUUGUGAGCAUGAGAAAUCUACAGUCCCCCAGUUUGUAAGACUGUGUAUAAAAGCUGUUGAAAGAAGAGGUCUAGAUGUUGAUGGAAUAUACAGAGUUAGCGGCAAUCUGGCAACAAUACAGAAGUUACGAUUUGUUGUCAAUCAGG